CUUUUUUCAGAUCAAAGAAGUAGUGCUGUGACCCCACCUCGGCAGCUGUCCUCAAGCACCUCACCUGUUGAUAGCCCUUCAUGGUCAAGCAGCCCCAUGUCCUCUCCUCAACCAUCUCCACACCCACAUAUAAAGAAAAACUGGCCUGAAGCCUUUCAGGUGAACUGGAACAAAAUGCCCUCAGAUUUGCUUUCUACAGUUAUGAGUGGUAAGAGGCCCUCGCCAUCUGACAGACGGCAGUUUGUGAGAGUGUUAGUUGAUGAAAUGAGAAAGUACGAAGCUAACCCCACAAGAGCACAAUGCCUCAUCAGCACCAGAAACGUGAUAAGACAAUACCCAAAAUCCUUUGCUGAUACCAUGGACGAUGGCAAGACAAUGAUUGGUGGAGGCUAUGAAUCACUUCUGAGCCAGGUUAAAGUAUGCGUAGAGCAGUUGAACAGGAACAACACCCUUGCUCAACAUAGAGCAUCAAAGGAUGCCACAGGGGCUGUCCCAGCUCGAGGACCGGCAGACAGCUAUGGAUGCACAAGAUGGCAGCCAGAGCUACCACCUGAGGAAACUGAAGAUAGCCUUGAAGGUUUGAGACAAAAGAUGACAGAUAUCUUUAGACAUGAAGGUUUGGCGGGUGCAGGAAGGGAAGAAAUACACAAUUUGAUGGAGAAAACAUAUUCUCUGCAACGCAACUCAAUCAAUGCAACACCAGCCGCCCCUCUGGAGGACAUUAAAAGUCAGUGGCCCUACUUGUUUCUGCCGAGGAGCAUGUGUGCACACUUUGAACUGCUCACAGACAUUUACAUCCUGAGAAUAAUGGAGGCAUUUCCUGAAGACCAGGGCAAAAUCAUCUCGGAAUACUUCAAGGCAAAUCCCAGCAAUGAUGAAGUGAAGAAGGUCCUCUCCCACGAAAACGGUACAACAUUCCCCUAUAUUCUGGAUCUACUGAUGGCACACUUCAAAGAGCAGAGAGAUGCCCUCAUCUUGCAGGCAGAUGUGUCAGACACA